CUUUCAAGACAUAAAAGGCGGAACAACAAAUCUUUUUCAUCCUUUUCUUUUCUUUUAUCAUACAAACAGAAAAACAACUUUUGAACAAUGGUACCAGCUAUCGUUUCAGCUACAUUUUUAAUCGUUGCUCGUGCUCCUGAAGAGUCGAUAUCGCGAAGAGGAGACGAACGAAAAAAGCAUUUGGAAAAACCGAUAGAAUCAAGAACAAGUUCAAAUCAUCACAGCAAAAGCAAGCACAGCCACCAUCAACCUGUGCAACACCGGAAUAAUUUUGAAAAGCAUCUCAAAGAUCAUUUGAGGAAUGAUUAUCCACAUAGUCGUUGCCAGUAUAGCCACCGGAAGAAAGAUGGAGAAGAGCAGUCUCUAUUAAGCAAGAAAUAGAGCAGUCACAAAUGACGCAUUCAUCCAUGGCAAUAGGAUUAACAAUAAACAUGGAUCCAAUCGAAUUAUGGCUGAGAGGACCACAAG